CACAUUGACACACUAUACAACAAACCCAAUUUCACUCAAGCUUCUUUACUCCCCCCACUUCCAUAGCCUUGAGCGUAUAGCCUUACCAUGUCACCAACCACCAUUGACCACCAUAUUGUGGUCUUUGCGUUCCCUUUUGGCAGUCAUGUAGCUCCACUCUUCUCCAUCAUCCACAAACUAGCAAUUUGCUCUCCCACAACCCAUUUCUCCUUCUUUUGCAUACCAGUUUGCAACAAGUCCAUCUUGUCUUCUUACAAACACAACAUGCAACAAAAUAUCAAAAUCCAUGACUUGUGGGACGGUGUUCCUGAUGGCUACAAGUUCAUUGGCAAGCCACAGGAAGAUAUUGAGCUGUUCAUGAACGCUGCUCCUGAAAGCUUCAGGAAGAGCAUCGACACUGUGGUGGCAGAGACGAGCAAGGAAAUUAACUGUCUGGUGAGUGAUGCAUUCUUUUGGUUUGCGGCAGAGAUGGCUGAGGAGAUGAAGGUGCCUUGGAUAGCUUAUUGGGUGGGCUCUCCUGUAUCAAUUUCUGCUCACUAUUACACUGAUCUUAUUAGGCAAACUUAUGGAGUUGAAGGGAAAAAUGAAACCCUCAAAAUAAUUCCAGGAAUGUCAAAAAUCCGAAUUGGUGAUUUACCAGAAGGAGUACUCUUCGGAAACUUAGAAUCACUCUUUUCCCAAAUGCUACAUAAGAUGGCAACAGUGUUACCUAAAGCAGAUGCCAUCAUCUUAAACUCAUUUGAAGAACUAGAGCCCAUAACAACUAAUGACUUGAAGUCCAAAUUCAAGAAAUUUCUCAGUACUGGACCUUUCAAUUUAGUGUCACCAUCACCAGCAGCACCAGACGUAUAUGGCUGCAUAGAGUGGCUUGACAAGCAAGAGCCAGCAUCAGUAGCUUAUAUAAGCUUUGGUUCAGUUGUAACACCACCGCCACAUGAACUUGCAGCACUAGCUGAGGCACUAGAAGCUAGCAAGGUACCGUUUCUAUGGUCUAUUAAGGACCAUGCAAAGAUGCAUUUGCCGAAUGGGUUCCUGGACAGAACAAAAUCUCAAGGAACUGUAGUACCAUGGACUCCCCAAAUGGAGGUUUUAGGACAUGACGCAGUUGGGGUGUUUAUAACACACUGCGGCUGGAACUCAAUUAUAGAGAGUAUAACGGGAGGGGUACCAAUGAUUUGCAGGCCAUUUUUUGGGGAUCAAAGGAUAAAUGGACGGAUGGUAGAGGAUGUUUGGGAGAUUGGACUAAAAGUAGAAGGUGGACUCCUCACUAAAAAUGGAGUAAUUGAGAGUUUGGAUCAAAUUUUGUCAACGGAAAAAGGGAAGAAAAUGAGAGAGAAUAUUAGAACACUUAAAGAACUUGCAGAAAGGGCAAUCGGACCAAAAGGAAACUCUUCCAAGAAUUUCACUGAACUGGCAGAUAUAGUAAUGUCCAAGAAGCGUUAACCAAUAAUCUUUAGUCGUACUGUUUUUGUUGGUUUUUAAGUACUAGAAUGUAGAAGAAAUAAACCUGUGCUUGGUGUUCUUGUUUCUAGUUUUCUUGAGUUAAUUAGUAAUAUAUAUAAAUAUCUGUUGUAUUGCACGACGCUCAGUCAUGUCCUAUAAUCAAAAACCAAAACCUUUCAGUA